ACCCCUGCAGGAGUCCACAGGACCAUACACACACUCACUCACACCCUCACACACACACACACACACUACAUGCAUACUUGCUCAGUCCACUGCAGCUACUGUAGCCUGAAUGAGUGCAAAGCAGAAGGAGAAACGGAGCAAGGAAGCAGGAGUGCGAGACAGGGGAAGAGAAAUCUCUGGAGUUACUAUUACUUGUUGCUCUUGGUUUUCUGUGUGGACUGAGGAUGAUAUUCCCUCUGCUUUCCCUGCGGCAGUGGGACCUAGUCUGAGAGUCUCCUCCAGAGAGGACAGGACGCCGACGCAGCAUGCCAGGCAGCUCCUCAGACAAGACCACACCCACCAUGGAGGCUACGCCCACUGCUGCCACACCAUUUAGAGUCACCGUGAGUACUGGCUUUCUUAGUCGACGGCUGAAGGGCUCGAUAAAGCGCACCAAGAGUCAACCCAAACUUGACCGCAACUCCAGCUUCAGACACAUCCUCCCUGGCUUCAGGAGCGUUGACAAUGACAGAUCUCAUCUGAUGCCAAGGCUGAAGGAGUCUCGCUCCCAUGAGUCAUUGCUCAGCCCCAGUAGCGCUGUGGAAGCCCUGGACCUAAGUAUGGAGGACGAGGUUGUCAUCAAGCCCGUUCACAGCAGCAUCCUCGGGCAGGACUACUGCUUUGAGGUCACCACCUCCACAGGAAGCAAAUGUUUUUCCUGCCGUUCAUCAGCCGAGAGAGACAAAUGGAUGGAGAAUUUGAGGAGAGCAGUACAACCCAACAAGGACAACAGUCGUCGGGUGGAGAACAUGCUGAAGCUGUGGAUCAUCGAGGCCAAGGAUCUGCCGGCCAAAAAAAAAUACUUCUGCGAGCUUUGUCUCGAUGACUCACUCUACGCCCGCACCACCUGUAAACUCAAGACUGACAAUGUCUUUUGGGGAGAGCACUUUGAGUUUAAUAACCUACCUGCUGUCAAGAGCAUCACAGCCCACCUCUACAAAGACACAGACAAGAAGAAAAAGAAAGAUAAAAACAAUUACAUUGGACUUGUCAAUAUCCCCGUUGCAGCUGUUACCGGACGACAGUUUAUGGAGAAGUGGUAUCCAGUCAGCACUCCCAACCCCCCUAAGGGCAAGACAUCUGGGCCUAUGAUUAGGAUCAAGGCACGCUAUCAGAGUAUGAACAUCCUUCCAAUGGAGAUGUACAAGGAGUUUGCAGAGUACACCACCAAUAACUACAUGCUGCUGUGCUCGGUGCUUGAGCCCGGGAUUAGCGUCAAGAACAAGGAGGAGAUGGCGUGUGCACUGGUCCACAUUCUACAGAGCACUGGCAAGGCCAAGGACUUUCUCACAGACUUGAUGAUGUCAGAGGUGGAUCGCUGCGGGGAGAACGAGCACCUCAUCUUCAGAGAGAACACACUAGCGACAAAGGCCAUAGAGGAAUACCUCAAACUGGUGGGACAGAAGUACCUGCAGGACGCCCUCGGUGAGUUCAUCAAGGCUCUAUAUGAGUCAGAUGAGAACUGUGAGGUGGAUCCGUCCAAGUGUUCGUCAGGUGACCUGCCAGAACACCAGAGUAACCUGAAGAUGUGCUGCGAGCUGGCUUUCUGCAAAAUCAUCAACUCAUACUGUGUCUUUCCACGAGAACUGAAAGAGGUCUUUGCAUCAUGGCGUCAAGAAUGCAGCAACCGGGGUCGACCAGACAUCAGUGAGCGUUUGAUCAGCGCGUCCUUGUUCCUGCGGUUUCUCUGUCCAGCCAUCAUGUCCCCCUCACUUUUCAAUUUGAUGCAAGAGUAUCCCGAUGACCGCACAGCGCGUACGCUCACGCUCAUCGCUAAAGUCACCCAAAACCUGGCAAACUUCACCAAAUUUGGUAACAAGGAAGAGUACAUGUCCUUCAUGAACCAGUUCCUGGAGCACGAGUGGACCAACAUGCAACGCUUCCUGCUCGAAAUCUCAAACCCAGAGACAAUCUCCAACACAGCAGGCUUUGAGGGGUACAUCGACCUCGGCAGGGAACUCUCCACACUGCACUCCCUCCUCUCUGAGGUGGUGUCCCAGAUGGACCAGAGUGCAGCCUCCAAGCUGGGUCCUCUGCCCAGAAUCCUGCGUGAGGUGAACACAGCUCUGUCUAACCCGUCUAGUGUCCAGAUGACACCCGGACAGUCCUCAGAGCAUAUGGGCUCACCUCCCGCUGAGGCCGGCUGCAGUAUAUCGACCGGCCUGCAAAAGAUGGUCAUAGACAAUGACCUUUCAGGAUUAGUGGAUUUCACCAGGUUACCCUCCCCUACCCCAGAAAAUAAGGACCUAUUCUUUGUGACACGGAGCUCAGGGAUCCAGCCUUCCCCAGCACGAAGUUCAAGCUACUCUGAGACCAAUGAACCUGACCUGGGCAUGUCCAAUGGCAGCAAGAGUCUGUCCAUGGUGGACCUGCAGGACCCCCGCAGUCUGGAAGGUGGCCUGGGUCCCAGCUCCUCGGAUGCCCUGGGUGAAGGCCCAGCCUCAGGAGUAGGCUGGUCAGCCAGAGUCCCACAGGGCAACAUUCCUGGAGGUCCCACCCUGAGGAGGCCAGGCCAGACCCCCACCAGCCUGGCCACAGAAAGCACCCCAGGCCGACCCGCCCAGCUACUUGCCCCCCUGUCCUUCCAGAACCCAGUCUACCAGAUGGCGGCCUGCCUGCCCAUGUCCCCUCGCGGAAUGACCGACUCGGGCUCAGAGUGCCACAGUUCUGUCAGUUCCCAUAGCAACAAUGAGGAUGGACCAGGAGGAGGAAAGCACACCUUUUUGAACCAUGGUGGAGGAGGAGGAGGAGGUGGAGGUGGGGGGAGCAGUGGGGACGAGUACACCAGGCGUUCAGGGGAGUUCAACCGCCGACAGCUGUCCCUCACAGAAACACAGCACCAGCCCGCCGUCCCCAGACAGAACAGUGCUGGCCCACAGCGGAGGAUAGACCAACCUCCGCCCCAGAGCAUUACUCGUGGCCGCACACCUCCGAAUCUGCUCAGCAGUGGCCCCUACCCCCGCCCCUCAUCUGGCAACAUGAUGACAUCAUCCCCCGACUGGCCUGGCAGCGGCGCUCGUUUACGACAGCAGUCCUCUUCCUCUAAAGGUGACAGUCCAGAGACCAAGCAGAGGGCUCAACACAAACAGGCCCCCUCCCCAGUGAACCCCAGUGCGCUGGACCGCACAGCAGCCUGGCUAUUGAAUAUGAAUGUGCAGUAUUUAGACCAUGAGGGGAUGGAGCCCGAGUCACUGAGAAACAGAGAGGAUCUGAAUCAGGUGGAGAAGUACCAGCAGGAGAUCGCAGUGCUGCAGGAGAAGCUGCGGGCGUCGGUGCAGAAGCUGGAAGAGUACGAGGCCCGUCUCAAGGGUCAGGACGAACAGGCCCAGAAGGUGCUGAUGGAGUACCAGGCCAGGCUGGAGGAGUCCGAGGAGCGCCUGCGCAGACAGCAGGACGACAAGGACCUCCAGAUGAAGGGCAUCAUCAGCAGGUUAAUGUCGGUGGAGGAGGAGCUAAAGAAGGAUCACUCAGACAUGCAGGCAGUGGUAGACUCUAAACAGAAGAUCAUCGACGCACAGGAAAAGCGCAUAGCAUCGUUGGAUGCAGCCAACGCACGUCUAAUGAGCGCUCUGACCCAGCUGAAGGAGCGCUACAGCAUGCAGACCCGCAACGGCAUCUCCCCCACCAACCCCACCAAACUGCAGAUUACUGAAAACGGAGAGUUUAGGAACAGCAGCAAUUGCUAAGCUGACUGGCACCUGCCCCGAGUGAGUGUUGCGUGCCUGCGUGUGUACAGUUAUACAAUGAGAGGACGUCUACAUGCAUGCAUGGAUGCAUGCCUGUUUGGUAGACUGUGAGGGUGCGUGCGUGUGUUUAUGGAAGCGGAUGUAGGACAUUUUAGAAGACAUUUCCACUUUUUGGACAGCAAGUGUGUAUCACUCUGAAGGGCCAGCCUGGGAAGAGGCGGGACUUCAGUGUGACAGACAGAUCACAAAGAGAACAAGAUCACCAGACGGCCUUCAUUACGAGGGUGACGGCCAGAGGAGGCGGGGCAGAGCUUGUACAUAACUCUUGAUUAUCACUAUCAGUCAAACAACUUUGCCAGUGGAUGUAUGCAGUCGCUGGGACAAUUCAAGACCCUGCCUGGGACAAACCACUAUAUAACCACACACAGUGAUGACCGCCAGACACGGUCCCCCUAGCUACCCUCCUCUCCUCCUCUCUCUCUUCAUUCUUCUCCCUCUUGACGACCAAGUGGACCCAUUUAAAAACAAUAACACGCAUUGAGGAUUAUCACUUUAGUUGUCUUGAGAGGAUUACUUUCUAGUGAUUUACUUUAAAGUCAUUGUUUAUAAAGAACCAAAUAGGAGCUUUAAAAAAAAACAGAAGAAAUUUUUAGCCCCAAACAAUCUUCUUUAUGACCCUUUUUACUCCUCGGGUGUGUUCCUGAGCGUCCCGCGAGCCCCACCUCCCCCCUCCUCCCCCCUCCUCUGUAGUGCACUUUGUGAAAAGCUAUUGGUACAUGAAACGCCUUAAGUAAGGAACACACCUCGACUUUAUCCCACAGCUCCCCUAUUUCUGCAAAAAAAAAAGGCACAACUUAUACUGUGGAUUUGUAAAGGAUACAUAAAUUAAUUGUACACACUUAAAUGUAUUAUGAAAACUAAAGUAAAUGAAUUCUAUGUGAUACUAUAUUAAUGAAAUUUAAUAUAGAUGUAUGCAUUUCUUUUUUUUUUUCAUCUAUAGAGUAUACACACAUAUCUAUAUCUAUAUUUGAUAAUCUCAAAUAUAAAAGCAGCCCUUUAUUUAGGAGUUUAGGAGAUCUAGUUUUAUUUUUCUUCUCUUACGAUGAAAGACUGUGUGUGUAGCUUGCUUUAGAGCCCUAGAGAAAGAGACCACACAGAGCAGUGAUCAGCACCAUCGCCUCAGCCAUCCUUCACAUCGCCAUGACGCUUAACCCUUUACAUACAGUGUGUGCAGCAUUUGAGAGAAAUGGCUGUACAGUUGUUCUUACAGCUCGGGCGUAUCUUGCACAACUUGCACCGUCAAGCGAUCGGUUCUUCUUCUGGUGCUUAUGAUUGCUCUUAAGACACGGAUAAGUUAAACCCAGAUGUCAAUUUUGGUUUGAAAUCGAGUUACGUGUGUGGUCCUCUCACUCUAGCAGCACAAGAGCUAUUGAGAGACAUGUGUUUAGAAAACACUCACACAUACUAUACACUGGACUGGUGAGCCAUUGUUAUAAUGGCCUCCUUAGUUACAACAUUUUCUCUCUUACUGCUUUGUUUGUCAAUGGUGAUGAAGUGUAUGCUGCAUCCAAACUGUGACUAUUAAUCCUAGUGGCAUCAUCUCUCCCCUCUUUUCUUCUGUCCACCCUCUUUCAUCCCUUGUUCUUCUGAAUGUGAAGAUGCUAACUGACAGUUAGUCUUAACAUGGGGUUUGGUCCUUCUAAUCUCUCCUGGCAUUGCGCACAUUGCUCCAUACCACCUCGUCAUAUGUAUUUUGUAUAUUUUUGUAUUCAUUUUUCUUACCUGUAACAGACUGUGUACAUCAAGCGUGAGGCUCUGCAUGCUUCAUCCUUGCUCUAGAGCAGACAGUUGCGUCAUUUGUUUUCUUUUGUUGCCAAUUGGAAGGUGAUGAUGAUGAUGAUGUUGUUCAAAUGAUGAUGAUGAUGAUGAUGAUGAUGAUGAUGAUGAUGAUGAAUGGCUUGCUGCAACCAUAUAUGGUAAAUAUAUAAAAACUGAGUGUAUUAAGGCUGGACAGCCUGGGAAAGUGUAAAUAAAAUGCCCACACUAUUUUUACCUAAUGUUAACAGAGCUUUUUGUAAAUGUAUCUUGUGCUCAAACUCUGCUGUAUCAUUAUGGGUAUUGUAUAUACAAAAUAGCUCAGUCGGUCAUCUGUCCUCAUCAGGUAUAACUAUACAAUUAAAUUAACCAGUCAGUGUUCUCCCUGUUAAAGCUAUUGUUUUUUUAUUGAGAGUGUAAUAUCACUUGCCAAAAAACUGAUGAAGUAGGAGUUUGACUUUUGGGAAGUCGUGGAGGAUGCCUCGUUGGUUUCAGGGUAAGCCGAGUCCAGUCUCGAUGAGAUUCACAAGCACAAUCCUGUAUUUCUCAUCAGUCUAGCUCUAUGCACUUUUACGUUCAGUGGUUGGUGUUUAUAAUUAGCUUCUUUUUUUCUUUCUUUUUUUAGCACAGCACCUGGAACAGGUUCCAGGUGUUCAAAAACGUGGCAAAGUUCAAAACUGAAGAAAGGGAUUUUUGGUACACCUCAUUCACAAACCGUUAAAUCAGAUAAACAGACUCUUUUUCCUGUUUGAACACAAAGGAAUUGCCUCAGACUGAAGAUUCCUCUGGGGGGGAAAAAUCAUCACCACAUCUUACCAGGCAUUCAGUCUUAAAACAACACUGCAGAUAUUAAAGCGAGACUAUGUUACUUUUGACAGAAGAAAUAAUACAUCUUUCAUCUUGCAAAUGAAAUGUUGAAUUGAUAAGCAAUAAAACACACUAUUGCUCAAUUCAGUACACUCAUAAGUUUUAUGGGUUAACAUUACAUCUGUUUUGACAAGUAGAUUUUGGUAGCUAAUGUUAGCUAACAUAAGCAGAUUUUAGGUACAUUCAGCUGGAAAGGGCACUUUAUUGACUGAGUUUGACUUUAUAGCUCUCUCAUCUUGUGCUGUGACAAUAACUUAGCUUAUGCUAAACUACUGUUUAGCAUUUAAACCAGCUAAACAGUAGGACAUUUUGAUGCUAACAUAACAGCCGUACUUAGUGUUGUGACUUGUAGCUUUUUGCGGCUAAAGUUAGCUAAUGUUAGCAAAUCUUAGAUUUUUCUGUAUAAGGCUCAUUACUGAUUCAGUUCUGAUUCAGGCUUUAUGACUUUCCUCCACUUGUGCUACUAUUACAAUAGUUAAGCAUUUUAGCUAAAGUUACAAAAGUACAGUCUCGCUUUAAACUGUAGCCUACAAUAAUACAAUUUAACCAAUAUGAGGCUGUCAGAAUCAGUACAUCUACAAAAAGUAAAGUAGAAGACACAAUCUGUUUGGUUUCUAAUAAACUUCUCAGCCGCCCAUGCAUUUCCCCACCUCAGUUGUGAGUCAGAAAACCAUGAGCUCACGUUUCACACAGUUCAGCCAGUCCAACAAAAGAUCAUUCAAAAUAUAAAGCUAUAAAUAAAGUGAAAGAUGUUGUAUGUUUUCUAUUAUCUUGUAGAAAAUACUUUUGUAAGUAUGUUGAAAGUAUAAAGUAUUUGGCUGGAUUCUGCUUCCUUUGACGACAGUGACAAAACAAUAAUGUACAUAGGAAUUUGUGUUGACAAAAUGUGGCUGUGCAAUUUAUGUACAUUUGCAACUAGACCUAUUAAAGUUUUAUUUAGCUAUUUUAAAAUUUCA